AUGAAUUCAAGUCAGGGUGAAAUUGGUCCAGUGAAGGCCAACCCGAUUCUCUUUAAAAAUGGAUUGUACAGUGCAGUUAGUUUUGGAAAUCUGAAAGCAGAGGAUGUACACUGCCAGGCACAGCACCAAGGCAGUUGGUUAACAGAAACGUACAUAAAUUCCAUCGAAAAAGGUACUUUUAUUAACCCAAUAUUAAUGAUAUUGCAAAUUAUAGGCCGCAUUAGCCAACGUGGAAAAAUAUUUGAGUUAAAGGAAAAAAUAUUUUGGAUUUAUUUUUCUACGUUGUUGUUUUUCUACUCUUUUCCUAGAUUAGAGGCUAACCAUAUAAGAAUAUCACUAACCAUUCUACCCUUUAUUUUAAAGGCUGAGAUCUUUGCUGAAAUACUCAUAUGUCAUUCUGUAUUUCAUUAUGCAUAUUCUAAAUCUGUGAUGCUCAAUUAGCAAAAAAAAUAUUGAGUGGAUUUUCAGAAUAUCUUCAAUGAAUCAGUGGUGAAGUUUGUGAGAUUGUACAUGUAACUAAAUAAACAAAGCUUUUUAUAAGUAAACUUUUUAACUGAUGUAAUUGUGUCUUAAGAGCCUGGAUAUCUGCAUUGUUGUAUCUAGCUCGAUGUCUUUCCAAAUGAAAGCAAACAAUUAUCCAGUUGUGUAGAAAAAAAGAAAAAGGGAUGCAGCUAAGAACUAAAAUAUAAAAAAGAAAACAGACAACACAUAGUGAUGUACAGUUGGAUAAAAUAACACACUGCAAUAAUGGUUGCACUCACAAGAUUUAAAUGAGAUUUGCGCCUUGAAAUCCACUAAGGGAUAUUGCUGGACCGCUUCCACUGGAGGAUGGUGAAUAAUAAGCAGACUCAGUUGGCUCAGGAUACAAUCAGGAACCAAAUUUUGAAAAAAGAAAUUUAUUUAGGCACAAUUGCCCAAUAAAAUAUAAAAAAUGAGAAUAAAAUCUAACACGUUUCGUCCAACGCAGUGGACUUCAUCAGAGAUAAAAACAAAUUCAACAAUGGUACAGGAAAUAAGCAUGCAUAUGAUCUUGUAGUGUUCAAAAUACUCUGAUAAAACAUACAGUGCUUGAGAUGCAAAACCGCUAACAUUAGAGCGACUGACAUUUAGAGCUAAUAUUACAGUAUACUGUUUAUUUUUUGAGCUUUUUUCUAACAUAUACUUUUCUUACUUAAUUGUUUUAUAGAUCCUGAAAUCAACAUUAUAGAAAACGUAAAUUCAACAGAGAUAGAAUGUGACCCCACAGGUAGUGACAAAAAUUCAUUGUUCUGUACCUAUAUUUUGUGGAUUUUUCUGUUUUCUUUAGAACUGAUAGAAUAAAAGUGAUAAAAUAAAAUGAAAACAUUGUGCCCACUUUUUGAGAGAUGCACUCUGCCUUUAUGAUACAUUUAUGAUAAAUUACCAGACUAGUGAGACAUUUAUUUUCAAUUGAAAAUAUAGUUAACCCCUUCCCAACCGAGGACGGUUCAGGACCGUCAUCGGCAUUUUUGACUUGCCGACCGAUGACGGUCCUGAACCAUCCUAACGGUCUGAGCUACUUACCUGAUCGCCGUCGUUCCCCCGGCGGCGAUCAGCGUGGCUCCGGUUGUGGGGAGACUGCCUGCAGCCCAGACAGUCUCCCCACACUGAAUUAGGACCCCUGUGGCCAUGUGAUCGCUUAACACAGCGAUCACAUGGUCACAAUAGGUGUCCAUGUGUCUGCCAGCAGGGGGACUGCCUGUGCUGACAGGCAGUCUCCCUGCUAGUGUAAAAUAAAAAAAUAAAAUAUAGUUAAUGUUAAUAAAAAAAAAAAAAAUAAUUAUAUAGGUAAUAAUAAUUAUAUAAUAUAUGUCUAUAUAUCAUAUAUAUAUAUAAUGCCAUACUAAGUGUAUUUUUAUAUUAAUAUGUACUUAUAUUAAUAUAAAAAUACACUUAUAAUUAAAUUACACACGUGUGUGUAUAUAUAUAUAUAAAAUAUAUAUAAUAACUAUAUAUAUUGUGUGUAUAUAUAUAUAUUAUUAUAAAAUAUAAAUAAUUAAUUUAAAUUAAAUAUAUUUUUUAAAAUAAUAAUAAAACUUUUUAAAAAAAUUAUAUCUAUAUGAAAUUUUAUUCUAACUGUAUUUUAAAAUUAAUAUAUAUAUAUUUAUAUCAAAAUACACUUAGAAUGAAUUUGUAUAUAUAAAUAAAUAAAAAUAAUACGAAAUAUACAUAUGUCCAUAUACAAAAUUACAUAAAUAAUUAUAUAAAUAUACACGUAGACUUAAACUAUAUAAAUAUGCAUAUAUAUUUAAAUUCUACGUGCGUAUUUAUGUAAUAUUUUUACAUAAUUCAGUAAUUUUAUUGAUUGCAAUUUGAGGGACCUGCCUGCCAACCCAGGCCGAAAUUCCAGAGAAUUUAAUUUGCUAGCACUGUAUUUUACCCUGUAACGUUCUAUGACACCCUAAAACCUGUACAUGGGGGGUACUGUUUUACUCGGGAGACUUCGCUGAACACAAAUAUUAGUGAUUUAAAACAGUAAAACAUAUCACAGCGAUGAUAUUGUCAGUGAAAGUUACUUUUUUUGCAUUUUUCACACACAAACAGCACUUUUACUGAUGAUAUAAUUGUUGUGAUACGUUUUCCAGUUUUUAAACACUAAUAUUUGUGUUCAGCUAUGUCUCCCGAGUAAAACAGUACCCCCCAUGUACAGGUUUUAUAGCAUUUUUGAAAGUUACAAGGUCAACUAUAUGGGUCAAAUAUUUUUACAUUGAAAAUGGCCAAGUUGGUUACGUUGCCUUUGAGAGCGUAUGGUAGCCCAGGAAUGAGAAUUACCCCCAUGAUGGCAUACCAUUUGCAAAAGAAGACAACCCAAGGUAUUGCAAAUGGGGUAUGUCCAGUCUUUUUUAGUAACCACUUGGUCACAAACACUGGCCAAAAUUAGCGUUCAAUUUAGUUUUUUUACUUUUUUCACACACAAACAAAUAUGAAUGCUUACUUUGGCCAGUGUUUUCGACUAAGUGGCUACUAAAAAAGACUGGACAUACCCCAUAUUGAAUACCCUGGGUUGUCUACUUUAAAAAAAAUAUGUACAUGUGGGGUGUUAUUCAGAGAUUUAUGACAGAUAAUAGUGUUACAAUGUCACUAUUGAUAAAUUUUAAAAAUGUAUGUUUUGAAACCGCAAUAUCCUACUUGUACCUAUAGCCCUAUAACAUGCAAAAAAAAGCAAAAAAGCACGUAAACACUGGGUAUUUUUAAACUCAGGACAAAAUUUUGAAUCUAUUUAGCAGUUUUUUUCAUUCGCUUUUGUAGAUGAGUAAAAGAUUUUUCAAGUAAAAGUCAAAAAACAUGUAUUUUUUUCAAUUUUUCAUCAGAUUUUUGUAUUUUUUUUAAAUUAAAAUACAUGAGAUUAUAUAAAUAAUGGUAUGUAAAGAAAGCCCCUUUUGUCCUGAAAAAAACAAUAUAUAAUUUGUAUGGAAACAGUAAAUGAGAAAGCGGAAAAUUACAGCCAAACACAAACACCACAAAAGUGUAAAAAGAGUCCUGGUCGCAAAUGUACAACAUCGCAAAAACAGUCCAGUCCUUAAGGGGUUAAUAAAAAGGGGAAAAAAUGAUAUCCAUAAUAUUUUCUUCAGACCUACUAAUAGUUAAAUAAACCUUUCCAUUAGAGUGUCACAUUUUCCUACAUUGAUUGGCUUCUUUAAAUCUAGAAAUAACUUACAUGUUGGCUCUUAUUAUUUUCAUUCUUCUAUUAUUAUUCUUAUUUUUGUUUUCUAAGUACUGUAUAUACCAAUUUUUUUUCCUAAAUCACAAUAUUUUAUAAUUGCAGUUAUUACUGAAUAUGAAAUAUUCUAGAGGUUCUCCGUUAAUUACUUGCACAUUCUUUAACUAACAGCAUUAUAAUAUAAAUCACCCCUGUAUUUACUAUUAUCAUACAAAGAAAUACUUUAAAAAAAAAAUUCCUGGACAGAGUAUUCCGGGGUCUAUUAAGCACUAUUGCUACUUCAUUCUGGUGCCUCCAACUAAUAUGUUCAUAGCAUAAUAAUGUUAUAUUAGGAUAGGAAAAUAUGUCAUAAUUAACAUUAAAUAAUUAAAAAAAAUCAUAACUGUAAACAAUAUCUAUAAAACUGAUUUGUAGAAUAUAGUGCAUCCAAUUAAAUUAAAACCAUGACUCUAAUAUUGUUCUACAGAAGGAAAUUUGAAAGUUAAUGUGAUGUCCAUUAAUAUCCUCGGUAUGAGAGUGCUUUUUGCCAAAACUCUGGCCUUCAAUCUUCUUCUGAGUGCAAAAAUCUUCAUCCUAUAAGGUGAGAGUCCUCAUAUUUUUGCAGAUAGAAGUUACAUUUUUCAAAAUAAUACAGAUUAAAAUGUGUGGAGAAUGUGUAUACUAUAAUACACACAGUAUUAUUAAUAUUUUUAAAUAAAACAGCAUAUGUACACAAAUAAAAUGUUUGUGUUUUGCCAUUUGUAAUGAAAUUGGUAUAUGUAUAUAUGUGUACGGAUAUAUAAAUAUAUAUGUGCUCCAAUUUCUUGCUUGGUUUUAAUACUGAGCUAGAGUAAACACCAGGUAAUUUGUGUGGCAUACUGGAAUUAAUGUUAUGUCUAUAUGUAUGUAAAUAUAAAUUAAUGUAUUUAUUUAUUCCUUUGUAAAAAAAAAAAAAAAUGAAAUUAGUAUCUUAUAAUACCUAAAAGAAUUUUGGAAUAACAAGCUUUUGGAAGACCCUUUCUUUCUCAAGUUUUGAGAAAACAAAUGACUCACUGAACAAAUAUGCCAUAUACCUUCAUAUAUACAUACAUUCAUACAAUUUUACAGAUAAUGCGUUCUGUCAAUGUAAUGUAAUUCAAUGUACGUAAAUCACAAGCAACCAGAAAGUCAUUUUCAUGGGAAUACUACAUAUGAUGAUAGUACCUCUGGGAAAUCUUUUUAAACUAACAUUGGGUAAUUUUAUCAACCAGAGGGGGAUAAGGGAGGUAUAUUUUGUUCUGCAAGUUUCCUAUUUUUAUAAACUUAACCCUAUAACAUCUUUUUUUAUUGUAUUUCCAGAAUCUUAAAAUGGAUCUCACAGAUAGAUGA